ACCAGCAUCAACAGUCAUGGUUGACUUUUCGAACGCAGAAACUCCUUCUGCUGCUGUUCCUACAAUGGUUGCAGAUUCAAAGAGUGAUUCAACUUCCAGCGUGUUACAUAAUUCAGCUAACUUGGCGUCCCGUCUUGGCCAUCAUGGUUCAUCUUCUCAGAGCACCCAACCUUCUAUACCAGUCACUGUCAAUUGGGCUAAGAAAUCAAAAAAAAAGGCUGACAAAUCUUCAUCUGUCCAAGAUGAAGUAGAACAAUUAAUUGAAGACAUUCUGAAUAUUUCAAAGGUCAAGACGAUAACAAAGUUCAAUCAACUUUGCGAGACAUUACUAGAUAAAACGUGCAAGUCAACAACACUGACUUUAUCAUGGAGAACAACAUCAGCUGGCGUCAUAUUGAACAACGUCGUAGACAGACACUCCGAUAAGAAACCCUUCUGGCCCAAGAAGUCUCUACUGAACCUCAUUCGAGAUUGUAACAUAGCAGCAAGUUCUUGCACGCCAUUGAUACUGUUGGCCAUAGAGUUGAAGGAUCUUGAAGUGGUAGAUUGCUGCAUAAAUCACAUGCAAGACAUCCCAGACUCUAUCUUGACCAAGUCACUACAAUUCUACAUCAGGUAUUUUCAGUCUGAAGGCGAUAGAGGGCAGCAAACAGGAGAUGAUGAACCAGCAACUGCCGCUCCUCAAUUUUCUAUCAUGUGUUACUGUCCACAAUAUGUAAACAAGGUCUUAAGUUGUCCAUUCAACGACACAUUCAUUCUCGAUUACUUGAAACAGUUCAGCUUUGAUGAAGCUUUGGUGUUACUUCAGUAUCUGUUCUGUCUAGUAAAGGGUUCAUCUAGUCAACAGAACGACUCUACACCAACAUUAAAUGCUGUUGCUGAUUGGACGAGUGCUUUGUUAGACGCUCAUUUCAUGCAAUUUCUCUUAUCUUAUGAAGCGAGGAAGUUGUUAUUUGAGCUGGCAGAUGCUGUCAAGUAUCAAGAGAUGUUCUACAAUGAAUUGGAAGCUGUUCAGGCUAUUCUGGAAAGUUUCAAAACAUCAGCGUCUGUUCCCGUCAAGCAAACCAGCGGCAGCUACAGCAUUGAAGUCUUGAUCAUGUAGAGAGACCGUCUAAGGAUUGUCUGGCAAGAAAAUGGGUUACUGCCUACCCCCCCCCAAAACCCAAAAUUAUAACAUGAAAAUUACCCCUAUCCAACACCAGAAGUGUUAAAGGUGUUGGUAGUAAAUUAACAAUAUACAGUGAUAUGACAUUUAUUAGUCACUUUUGAAAAUUGGUUCAAAGCGCCUUAAACUAAUACUACCCCUGGGCCCAAUUCCAUAGUUGCUUAAGCAGAAAAAGUAGCUUAGCAUAACAAAUGUGUUCCUACCAGAAUAA